AGGCGCUCGGCCGGGCCCGGGGCGGGGCGCGGCGCCCGGGGCGCGCUCUCGCGGCCGGGCUCGGCGAGCGAGGCCUCGCCGCCCUCGCGGCGAUGGCGGCCCGGCCGGCGGAGGCCGAGGGCCCCGACGACCCGCCGUGGAAUGCCACGCCGCGGGCUGCGAGGAGCCCGUGCGCCCCGCGCUUGGAGGUGGGCUCCGCGCGGACGUCCUCCUCGUCCCUCGGGGGCGGCGGGUCGCUGGGCGACUGGUGGCUGGAGGAGGAGGCCCCGCGGGCACAGCCCCGCGGAGCACUGCGCGCGCAGGUGAUAGCGUUGGACUCCCUGGACACUCCAGAGCAUCCGGAGGAUGCGGCACAGGAUCCAACGCGGGCGGAGGAGGCAGGGUGCCAGGAGGGUGAAGGAGGAGGAGGAGGAGGAGGUGGAGGUGGCGACCUUCUCAGGGUCUAUCCCCGAAUCUUCGCUCCCUGGAGCCCGCAUGCCGAGCACGGCCCCGUGGAGGCGAGCCCCGGCGCCCUCGCCCGGGCGGCGCCGGCCGACUCGGGGCUGCCCAAGCGCCUCGCCCUGCUCAGCGCGGCACUCCUGGAGAUCCUGGGCGACCUCGCCUGGGCGGCGACGGCCGCCGCGCGGACUCAGCAGACACAGCGUGGUGCCGCGCUGCUUUGCAGCUGGUCCAGCUCCCGCAUGGCGUCAGGCUCUCUGGGCGCCCUGGGUGAGCCAGUGAGCGGGCGCGCCCCGUCAGGCCAAUGACCUCCGCACUCUCGGUGGCGAAAUCCUGCGCCGACCGCGCAGCAUUGGUGCAUCGCCCCGCCCAGUCGCUCCCUCGCCCGCUUCCUCUCCCCCGCGGCCAGCAGAUGUGC